UCUCUAACCACCUUGGGCACGGGAUGUCAGUUUGACAGAAGGAACAAAAAAAAAAAAAAAAUCUGUGCUUUUCAACUCGACUCCACGGAAGUUUUGUGUGUGUGAAGCGCAAUCAAAACACAGGAUGUGGUUCGAAAUUUUGCCCUCGUUUGGGAUCAUUACGGCCGUGCUGUCCGUUCCCGGGUUCGCUCUGUACGGCUUGCACAAGCUGACACUCGAUAAUGCGUACCGGCGUAAUACGGAUGAAAGAUGGGAACGUCUCAUGUACACCAGGGAUAUGCGACUGACCGGCAACCCGUACCAGUGUAACGGUCUUGAAUCUAUUUCGGAUAAGUAAAGAAAAGUAUCCUGAAUGGUGGAAAGAUGUGGUGCAAAUGUAACGUUACUUGGUGUAGAGAAUAAAUCGUUUGAAAAACCGCAGAGCGCAGUUAAAUCCCCGGAA